CUCUCCCCCCACCUCUCUCUCUCUCUCUCUUCCCCCAUGGGUUUUGAAGAUCCACACCCCUUCAACUUCUCAGACCUCAAAGACAAGAACUUGCGAGUCGACAGCAAGACUCUCCUCUUCGGUGCCAUUUUCUUGCUCUUACUCAUCAUCUCUACCUACUCAUUCGUCUACUUCCUCUACGCCUGCGUUCGUCGCGGCCAAUUAACCAAUACUGGAACCACCACAACCAACCCACGGCCUUCACCGCCGCCACGGGGGCUUGACAAAGCUGCAAUCAAUUGCUUGCCAAUUGUGUCAUAUGGGUCUAGCUGCUCGAGCCUGAUGAUGGGCUCUGAUAGUAGUAGUAGUUUUUGCAGAGUGGGUGAGUGUUCUAUAUGUCUUGGGGGGUUCCAGGAUGGAGAGAAGGUGAAGGUGUUGCCUACGUGUCAUCAUGGGUUUCACUCCAAGUGUGUUGACAAGUGGCUCCGGACUCGGUCCAGUUGUCCUCUAUGUAGAGCUUCUGUUGUUCGAGAUGAUCAGUCAUUUGCUCACUCAGACAUUCCUUGAAAGACAUGAGAGUAAAAUAGUGUAAACAAAAUUUGAUUUUGAUUUGAGAGUUUGCUUAGAUGUCUAGAAGAUUGGUAAGUCAGUUAACCAAAAAUUGGGUCCGGACUAUUGCCUGGAUUCAAGUGUAUGGUGGAGAUUUAAUAAUUAUA